AUGAAACAGUGUCCGUCCGAUCUGUCCGUUCCUUGUUGUGCUACAAUCAGGACUUCCGAGCUACAUUCGCUCGUCGGGUUCAGGUUACAGAUCCUGUGCAUGAUGCCCAAAAGCUCGCCGAUUUGGGACUACGCUGACUACGGCUGCUACUGUGGAAAGGGAGGCUCUGGCACGCCUGUGGACAAGCUGGACAGGUGCUGCGAAGUGCACGACAACUGUUAUGGUGACGCCGAGAAGCUCGAGGCAUGCUCGUCCAUUGUCAACUGGCCUUACUUCAAUUUUUACUCCCAUGACUGUGCCAAAAGAAGCAAGAUGAUCACCUGUGCCGAGAACAACAACGCCUGUGAGAUGUUCAUCUGCGAGUGUGACAGGAAGGCCACUGAGUGUUUCGCCAGAUCGCCUUAUAACCCCGAGAACAAGCGACUGCCCAGCGACCAAUGUCAGUAG